CGUUUCGCUUCUUCUCUCCCUAAUUUCCAUUUCGAUCUUUUCUUUCUUUCUCUCUCGCUCGCGCGUCUCUGAGAUUUCUAGGGUUUUCAAUUUUCACAGUUUUCAGUUUCCACUCAGAUUGAUUCAGAUUCCACACGCACUUCAAUGGUGACCGACACGGUCAUUGCAUUGGUUUCUGAAUCAAAUUCCACUGCUGCAAUCCGAAUCUCACCUCCUCCUUCAUUGUCAUGACUGCUCUCGCCGCCGGCGAAUGGCUCGAUAUCGUUUCCGGCGCCUCCGUUUCCUCGUCGUCGCCUUCGCCGUCGUUGUAUUCUCUCGGCAGUGUGCGUGUGACGAUGAAUUUUCUGUAACUGAUUUGGAUUGGAGCGUUUUUCAUCAGGAUUACUCGCCGCCUGCUCCGCCGCCACCGCCGCCUCAUCCGCCGUCGGUGUCAUGCGUGGACGAUCUCGGCGGGGUAGGGACUCUGGACACGACGUGUAAGAUAACGGAGGAUGCGAACCUCACCCGCGGCGUGUAUAUAGCAGGGGAGGGUAAUUUUAACAUCCUACCUGGGGUGAGGUUUCAUUGUGAGAUUCCUGGGUGCUGGAUAACCGUUAAUGUCACUGGUAAUUUUAGUUUAGGUAGCAACGCGUCGAUCGUCACCGGAGCUUUUGAGUUGGAGUCAGAGUAUGCUGUUUUUGAGAAUGGUUCGGUGGUGAACACGACGUGUAUGGCGGGGGAUCCUCCUCCUCAGACGAGUGGUACUCCUCAAGGGGUUGAUGGGGGUGGCGGUGGCUACGGUGGUAGGGGUGCUGGAUGUCUGGUGGAUACGAAGAAGCUACCGGAGGAUGUUUGGGGAGGGGAUGCCUAUUCCUGGUCUUCACUGCAGAACCCAUCUAGUUUCGGCAGCCGUGGUGCAUCCACUAGCAAGGAGAGUGAGUAUGGUGGGUUGGGGGGAGGGGUUGUGAGGUUGACGAUACAUAAGAUUGUGGAGAUGAAUGCAAGUCUUCUGGCUGAAGGGGGCGAUGGUGGGAACAAGGGUGGAGGUGGCUCCGGAGGCAGCAUCUACAUCAAGGCUUACAGAAUGACUGGUAAUGGGAUAAUAAGUGCUUGUGGAGGUAAUGGUUUUGCUGGUGGUGGCGGUGGCAGAGUUUCAGUUGAUGUUUUCAGUAGGCAUGAUGAGCCCAAAAUUUCUGUGCAUGGUGGUAGUAGCUAUGCUUGUCCUGAAAAUGCAGGUGCUGCUGGGACUCUCUAUGAUGCAGUUCCUCGAAGCCUUAUUGUUGACAACCAUAACAAGACAACUGAUACAGAGACACUUCUAUUGGAGUUUCCUUAUCAACCUCUUUGGACUAACGUUUACGUACGUAAUAAGGCUAGGGCCACCGUUCCAUUGCUAUGGAGUCGUGUGCAGGUGCAAGGACAGAUAAGUAUCUUGCAGGGUGGAGUUUUGAGCUUUGGGCUGCCACACUACGCUACGUCAGAGUUCGAGUUAUGGGCUGAAGAACUUCUGAUGAGUGAUUCUGUGAUGAAGGUAUAUGGAGCUCUACGCAUGUCUGUAAAAAUGUUCUUGAUGUGGAACUCAAAAAUGCUCAUAGAUGGUGGGGAAGAUAUAACGGUGGCAACUUCUUUGCUUGAGGCUAGUAAUUUGAUUGUUCUCCGGGGGUCUUCUGUGAUACAUUCUAAUGCAAACCUCGGAGUUCACGGACAAGGUCUACUUAAUUUAUCAGGCCCAGGAGAUUGGAUUGAGGCACAACGUUUGGUUUUAUCCCUAUUUUAUAGUAUUCAUGUUGGGCCUGGUUCUGUCUUGCGUGGUCCAUUGGAGAAUGCAACGACUGAUGAUGUUACUCCAGAGCUUUACUGUGACAACAAAGGUUGCCCCUAUGAGUUGCUUCAUCCUCCUGAAGAUUGCAAUGUGAACUCGUCCUUGUCAUUCACACUUCAGAUCUGCCGGGUUGAGGACAUCCUUGUCGAAGGCCUUAUAAAAGGUUCUGUUGUUCAUUUCCAUAGGGCAAGGACCAUAACUGUUGAAUCUUCUGGAAUAAUAUCUUCAUCUGGAAUGGGCUGUACUGGUGGUUUGGGCCGUGGAAAUAUUCUAAGUAAUGGUAUCGGCAGUGGUGGUGGGCAUGGUGGUAAAGGUGGGGAUGCAUGUUAUAAUGAUAACUGUGUUCAUGGUGGCAUUUCUUAUGGGUCUCCAGACCUGCCCUGUGAACUUGGUAGUGGAAGUGGAAAUGGCAGCUCAACCGGUACCACAGCUGGGGGUGGGAUCAUAGUCAUUGGAUCGUUAGAACAUCCUCUGUCAAGUUUGUCAAUUCAAGGUUCUGUAAAUGCUGAUGGGGGAAAUUUUGAACCAGCAAUUGGAAAAGAAAAAUUUGCAAUUUUUAACAAUUUAACGGGAGCUCCUGGGGGUGGAUCUGGUGGCACUAUACUAUUGUUUCUCCACACCCUUGCCAUUGGUGAAUCAGCUAUUCUUUCUAGUAUGGGGGGAUAUAGCAUUUCUAAUGGAGCUGGUGGUGGAGGUGGCGGAAGAAUUCAUUUUCAUUGGUCUGACAUUCCCACCGGAGAUGUAUAUCUGCCCAUUGCUAGUGUGAAAGGAGACAUUCAGACUGGCGGUGGAAAGGGUAAAGGCCUGGGUGGCUCUGGAGCAAAUGGGACCACAACUGGGAAGGCUUGCCCCAAAGGGCUCUACGGUACAUUUUGUGAGGAAUGUCCAGCAGGCACUUACAAGAAUGUUACUGGAUCUGAUAAAUCACUUUGCCAUAUUUGUCCUGUUCAUGAGCUUCCUCAUCGUGCUGUUUAUACUUCAGUCCGAGGUGGUAUUACUGACACCCCUUGCCCUUAUCAAUGCGUUUCGGACAGAUAUCACAUGCCGGACUGUUAUACAGCUCUUGAAGAACUAAUUUACACUUUCGGUGGACCCUGGUUAUUCGGUCUUUUUCUUACCGGUCUCUUGAUCCUGUUAGCACUGGUGCUUAGUGUCGCAAGAAUGAAAUUUGUUGGGGUUGAUGAAUUACCAGGACCAGCUCCCACCCAGCAGGGUUCUCAAAUAGAUCAUUCCUUCCCUUUCCUGGAGUCACUAAAUGAGGUCUUAGAAACAAACAGAGUGGAAGAGUCCCAGAGUCACGUUCAUAGGAUGUACUUCAUGGGACCCAAUACUUUCAGUGAGCCCUGGCAUCUGCCACAUACACCUUCGGAACAAAUACAGGAUAUUGUUUACGAGAGUGCGUUCAAUACAUUUGUGGAUGAGAUUAAUGCUAUAGCAGCUUAUCAAUGGUGGGAGGGAGCAAUAUAUAGUGUUCUCUCUGCUCUUGGAUAUCCGCUUGCAGUGUCUUGGCAACAAUGGCGCAGGAGAUUGAAGUUGCAGCGUUUGCGUGAGUUUGUUCGAUCAGAGUAUGAUCAUGCUUGCCUUCGUUCUUGCCGGUCACGAGCUCUCUAUGAAGGAAUCAAGGUAAAUGCAACUUCUGACUUGAUGCUUGCUUAUGUUGACUUCUUCCUUGGUGGGGAUGAAAAGAGGACAGAUCUUCCUCCUCGAUUACAUGAAAGGUUCCCAAUGGCAUUGCUUUUUGGAGGUGAUGGUAGUUAUAUGGCUCCAUUCUCCCUUCACAAUGAUAAUAUCAUUACCAGCCUCAUGAGUCAGUCAGUUCAACCUACAACGUGGUAUCGAUUGGUUGCUGGGCUGAAUGCACAACUGCGGUUAGUUCGCCGUGGACGACUAAGAGUAACAUUUCGACCUGUUCUCAGAUGGCUUGAGACUCAUGCCAAUCCUGCUUUGGGUGUCCAUGGUGUACGUGUUGAUCUGGCCUGGUUUCAGGCUACAAGUCUUCGCUAUUGUCACUAUGGGCUUGUAAUUUAUCCUAUUGAAAGUGGAGAUUCUGUGCCCGCUGGAGGAAGUAUCGACGGGGCUUUAAGAACUGAGGAAAGAUCGCGUGCUCAGAGUGUCAAGAAGGAACAUCCUUUGGGGCUUGCAAGCAAUGCCCACUUAAGCCCUGGUGGAAGAAUGGAGGACAAUUAUAUGAGGCGAAAGAUGCAUGGAGUUGUUUUAGAUGUAAACAAUUUGCAGAUGCUUGAUGAGAAGAGAGAUAUCUUUUAUUUUCUCUCUUUCAUACUUCAGAAUACAAAACCUGUUGGGCAUCAGGAUCUUGUUGGUUUAGUGAUCUCAAUGUUGCUUCUAGGAGAUUUUAGUUUAGCAUUACUUACGCUGCUUCAGUUGUAUUCAAUUUCUUUGGCGGAUGUCUUUCUUGUAUUGUUUAUAUUACCUUUUGGCAUUCUUCUCCCAUUUCCUGUUGGAAUCAAUGCUCUAUUCAGUCAUGGACCAAGGCGUUCUGCAGGCCUAGCACGUCUCUAUGCUCUGUGGAACAUUACAUCGUUUAUAAAUGUUGUGGUUGCAUUACUUUGUGGAUAUAUUCAUUACAACUCUCAAUCGUCUUCCAGUAAAAAACACCCCAGCAUUCAGCCAUGGAAUAUCAUGGACGAAAAUGAAUGGUGGAUUUUCCCAGUUGGAUUGGUUUUAUGUAAAUUAUUCCAGUCUCAACUCAUCAAUUGGCAUGUUGCCAAUCUGGAAAUUCAAGACCGUUCCUUGUAUAGUAACGAUUUUGAGCUGUUCUGGCAGUCAUGAUGGUAUGUUCACAACAUAUAUUUAACAUUAACUUCCCCCCUUUCCCUCCUCUUCUAUCGAUCCUUCGAAUGUUCAUUUGAGUACGGUCAUCUAGAAUAGGUCAAAGAUUGACAUAGAGAUGAUAGGAAAACUUGAGGUGGGAGGAAAUAGAACUACAGAAAUCUAAAGUAGAGGCAUUUGAUACUGUAACACCUAAUGUUCAAUAGUUCUUUUAAAAAUGAAAUCAUUUUACCUUGAA